AUUUAUUCAUCAUAUAAUACAAAAAUUUUACUUGCACAAUUUUCAAAUUUUCAUAAAUGCGAGAAAUCAUUAUGAUCAUUACGAUCAUCAUCAUCAUCAUACCCAAUCUCGUUCUUGCUCAAAAUGAUAAUUCCAAAUAUGAUCCAAGUCAGGAUGUUUUCGAGUUUUUAGUAAAUGGUUUGACACCACUUUUAAUUAUCUUACUUUUUGAUCGUUCCUCAAAAGAUGGAAACCGAUUUCAAAUAAUAAAUAUAAUCGAUGAUUGUCUUAUGGUACUCUUCGUGUUCGCUUUUCCACCAUAUUAUAAUUAUAUAUUUUAUUCAACACAAUCAAAUUUGGAGAAAAUUAAAUGGUUCUUAUAUUCUCUUAUUAAUAUAAUUGGUUUAAUA